AAAAGAAGAACGAAGAACAGUAGAAUUCCUGAGAGAAGGGAGUAGCGUUAACAGAAUCUGGACGAAUGAAUGUAUCCAUAGGUUAAGUAAAUGAUUCUCGCUCCCCAUCCAAAUCGGACCGUGGCAGUCCAGUUGGAGUCAAGUCUGAAAGCCCUUCCCACUCCCCCAGCCUAUCCCGAGUUUCCAAACACUCAGAGUCUCGAUCCCGUUCACGCUCAAAGUCCAGGUCUCCCUCUCGGAGGCACUCCAACCGCCGGUACAGCCGUUCCCCGUCUCGCUCCCCGUCGGACCAGAAGAAGUCCCACUCUCGCUCCUUCAGCCCGGAGUACCGUCGGAAAAAGAGCGAGAGCACCUCGCCCAUGUCCAGCCGCCGCCGCAACACCGGCAGCAGAAGCCAUGACUUCAAAAAAGAAACAUUCAGUCAUGAUGCAAGUGAUGGGGGUGAAGCCAGGGCUAACCCUGACCCCAACACAUGCCUGGGGGUAUUUGGCCUGAGCUUGUACACCACAGAGCGGGACAUCAGGGAGGUGUUCUCACGCUACGGGCCGCUGGCGGGGGUCAACGUGGUGUACGAUCAACGCACAGGCCGCUCCCGAGGCUUCGCUUUCGUCUACUUUGAGAGAAUUGAUGAUUCCAAAGAGGCAAUGGAGCGUGCCAAUGGAAUGGAACUGGAUGGGAGGCGCAUCAGAGUGGACUAUUCCAUUACCAAACGCGCCCAUACCCCUACGCCAGGCAUUUACAUGGGACGACCGACAUAUAAUGGAGGUGGUGGAGGUGGAGGUGGCGGGAGCGGGAGCGGCGGUAGCAGCAGUGGAGGCAGAAGGGGGGGUCGGGACUACGACCGCAGCUACGACCGCAGCUACGACCACGGCAAUGAUCGCGGCUACGACCGCGGCUACGACCGCGGCUACGACCGCGGCUACGACCGUGGCUAUGACCGAUAUGAUGACUACGAUACCAAAUACAGUCGCAGGCGCUCUCCUUCACCAUACUACAGCCGAUACAGGUCUCGUUCUAGGUCCCGGUCCUAUAGCCCAAGACGAUACUGAGAAGCUCAUAUCAACGUGUCGUCAUUUCUUCAUGGAGGUUGGAUCGUAGGGGACCAUCUCUCAAGGUGGGAAAGGGGACACAUUGUCAAGCUAACACAAGUGUAUAUCAACAAUAGCCUGAACUCUUCUAUGACUUGUCUUCUUAUAAAUAUGAGUUAAGAGGGAGUCAUUUGUUUAUGUGCUGUAGAUGUCUUAAUUUCUAAAUAUUUGGAUGCAUCCAUGUGUGGAUUGAACUGCCAGACUGUUCUGAAACAUAAAUGCUCCCUUCUGCUGAUCUUUUGCUUUGGCUGACCCUACUGAUUUUUAUUUUAUUUUUAUCGAUCUGUUAUUUACUGGCCAGGUGAGGGUGUGUAGGUCACCUACCUCCAACCCAGUAUAAGUGAUUCUGUCGAGGAUGCAUCGCAGUGUGAUUUUUUUGGAUUUUUGUUUGGGGGAGGUUGGGGUUGCGAUUAAAACAGUAGGCCUAUAGUUGAUAUGAAAUGGUAUUUGGGUCUUUAUUCAAACCCUUGAGUCUUGGGAGUAUAAUUUGAAUACUUCCAGAGAAUUUUUAAUGUAUUUUCUGUUUGUUUUUGACAAUAAAAAGAAAAUCUCCGA